CGCCCGCGCACCACGCGCCGUCGUCCCAUUCGAAUUUCGAACUUCGAAGUUCGCGCAUCUGUGCAACUUGUGUUCGUGAUUUCAGUAAAACAGUUCGUUUAAUGCCGUGAACGUGUUAAUGGAAGUUUGAUUUGAAUUUUGGAUUGCGUGGAAUGAUUUUGUUAAAGUGCACGCUUUGAGGAUUUGGUUCGAACAUAUCGGGUUCCCUCCGUGCGUGAACACCGGAGGGACAUGGUCGUUAACACGUUCGAGUCUCGGACGUGCGGCGACGUGGGCGCAUGACAGCUGACGCAAGAUGGCGCGCGCGAGCUUGAUGGUGGUGCUAUGCGCUGCAAUGUUUCCCGUGCACCGGGCAGAUAACCUUGAACUCCUUCUCGGCACCCUCCGCACCCACCAAAAGGCUGCCUGCGACGAGGAGAUGGUGACCCUCAUCUGCCCUAGAGGGACCACCAUCAGCAUCCAAGUGGCGCAGUACGGCGCGUCGGCGUCCCAGAGUUCCUGUGCAUCAGAGCUGGCUGAGUACCAGCCGGUGGCCGUCGAAGUGGUGGGAGACACGUCCUGUGCAUGGCCUAGUGCUUUACAGUAUUCCUUGUUGCAGACGGUGGUGGAAGCGUGCCAGAAGAAGCGGCAAUGCAAGUUUCACACGAGUCCCAAGGCUUUCGGGGUCGACCCCUGCCCCGGGUCGAGGAGGUUCGUGGAAGUCGCCUACAAAUGCCGUCCUUAUGAAUUCCGGAGUAAAGUCGGCUGUGAGAACGACGUCCUUCAUCUCAGUUGUAACCCACACUCAAGAGUCGCCAUCUACUCGGCGCAGUAUGGGCGGACGGAGUAUGACUCCAUACAGUGCCCGCAGCCCAGAGGGAUGAUGGAAGAAA